CCCCUCUGGACCCUCAUAUCGUCCGUUCAUCAUCCCAUCGCAGUUGCAAUGUUGUUUCAAUCACUUCGGGCAUCCCGGUCACUCUUGACCCGAGUGGCUCGGCAACAGAGCUCCGUUGCCGUUCGAACCUUUGCUACUUCGUCCGCUAGACAAGCCGAUCCCGUUCAGGACCUUUAUCUUCGCGAACUCCGCGCCUAUAAGCCCGCACCGUUGAAGCCAUCCGACGCUGAUGCUUACGUGCAGAAAUUCGUCAUGCCCACACCCCCUCCAUCUCCAGAGGAGGCAAACAUUGCUGCGGAGUUGAAGGCAUAUGAGACCCAAGAAGUCGAAGUGGAGGGUCAGGCUGCCCCUGGAGAGGCCGCCGUUGAGGAGGACUGGUUCGAGCUGCCCGAAGAGGAAGCAUCUCCCGCCCACUAAAUAUACUUGUGUAAAAAUAAAGGGAGGAUGGUGAUAGACAAUGGAAUACGCAUCCCAGAAUUGUACAAUUACAGCCUCCAUACGCAUACAUUCCAGUUUUACUCGUUGA